UAACGGUGUGGUUUUGGUAAGAGGGUGAAAUUGACACAUCGGUGUGGUUCUGAUAUUAAAGGGUGAGUGGUAUAUACUGUGGCUCUGCAGGGUGAGUGGUAUAUACUGUGGGUCUGCUAUUAAAGGGUGAGGUUGGCAUAUCGGUGUUGUUCUGGUGUGAGAGGGUGAGUGAGGUUGGCAUAUCGGUGUUGUUCUGGUGUGAGAGGGUGAGUGAGGUUGGCAUAUCGGUGUGUAGGAGCCAUAUGUGUCCCUCUCACCGUUGGCAUAGGGACAGAGGGAUGGAGUCCACAGGAGGCCAGUAGCAGAUGGCAGGGAAGCUUUGGGCCUCCAUGCCCCAGCGUGUGACACAGUGCCACCCUGCCCAGGAGAGGAGGCAGUUACUAUUAGUUUGAGAUGUCUUCCUCAGAGAAUGGACACAAAGGGGAUGUGUUUGAUCUGACAGAGGCGGUCCCCCAGACGCAGCGAUUGGACACCAGCCUGCAGAAGGCCAAAGCCCAGCUGUCAAUCAGGAGGCACCGCCCCUCUAGGUCGCGCCUCAGGGACAGCCUGAGCUCCAUUGAGGAUGAUAGCCUGGACAGGAAGUCCUCUCAGAGCUACAGCAGCCCCCUGCACAGCUCCUGCUCUCCGCUGCACUCCCUCCUGCAGCCUUCGUCCUCCGCCUCGCCCGACCUCCCAGCAAUCUCCCCUGCCCAGCGGGGACGCGCCUUCACCUUUGACCCCUGCCUGAUGGGCCCGGCCCUGGCGGAGGUGCGCAGGAGACACCGGCCCCUGCAGAGCGACUCUUCCCAGGAGGCCUUGCUGCUCAGUCCCGUGAGCAGUCCCUCCUCUGCCCGGCUGCAGUCCAGCUCUGGCGCUGCUUCACUGGGCAGCCAGCAGCAGGAAGGGCCCCUGAGCGAGGAGAACCGCACCGACCUGCACCAUGGGGACCGGUCUCACCCGCACAAGGAGGCCCUGUCCAACCUGCACCAGGGGGACCACUCACCGAGUGAAGAUGACAGCCAUGGAACAGAUGAAGCGGGCAGUCCCACCGUUCUCCUGGACAAAAAGACCAAGAGGCGCUUUCUUGACCUGGGGGUAACGUUGAGACGGACGUACGGCAAGGUCAGGAAAGACCGGGCUAACAGAAUAGAGUCGACGGAGACGCGUCCAUCACGCUCAUCUGCCCCCUCCCUCGUGCCGUUCUCCUGGUUCAGCGAGAGGAUGAGGAGCUCAGGGAAGUCCGGCACUCAGACCACCGCUAAGGCUGACUCAUCGGUGUCCAAGCAACAGACUGGAGAACCUCAGCAGCCAUCUCACCCCUAUCAGAGCCUCUCGCAGUCAGCUGAGGAGGAGAAAGAUACCGGCACUGGCAGUGGGACGGACGGAAGCCUGUUGCCAUGGAGACGGACCAGGACCACACAACCCUCCGCAGACAAGCAGCUCCCUCCUCAGGAGAGUUGAGAGGUCCGGUCCUCCAGACGCUACAAAGAUGGAUCAGAAUUCGGCUGUGGGCUCCCACACAGUCGCUUGUUCUGGCCUGGAUGCGGCCCACAUCUGCUAUGGAUCCAUAGGCUGCCUGACCAUGUUAAUGGAGGCCCUCCAUCUCACAGUGUUAGCAGCAAUGCUAGGCUAACCCACAUAAUGUUGGCAGCUAUGCUCAGCUAAUCCUCAUAAUGUUAGCAGCUAAGCUAACCCUCAUAAUGCUACACACAGUAUUGGCAUGGGCAUUGGGCAAUGACUAGAAUCCACAGACUAUGGAUGGGACAACUGGAUAGUUGAAUGAAUAGUAGGCCAUUGUAAGCAAUUCUGCCCCAAAUUAUAUUGCCCUCACAGGAGUUGGCUUUGGGUGGAUUGGGAUGUGCAUGUUUAAUAGAUUGGACAGUUGGACAAAGAAUAGAUCACACAGGCCAUGAGUGAUGACUAUACAAGAGCAGGCAUUGGAGAAUAGCCAGCCCUGACCCGAUAGAAUGCAGGGCCAUGCACCCCAGGUCUGAUCUGACCUAAUGCAGGGCCACCCCAGGUCUGACCUGCUUGUAUCUGAGGCUUAGCUGCUGGCUGGGGGGCCUCUAUGCUACAGGGGAACUGACUUAUGUCAUCACAUGUCUCCUUUGCCUUGUUCAAACACAAAUUCUGGAACUGUAUUUUCAAUCAGUUUUCUUCUGUCAUGUUGUUCUUUUCUUGCUCCUUUUAAAAGCCAACAAAGUAUUUAUUAAAUGAUUUACUGUGAGGGUU